AUGGCCCAAUUCGCCCUUUCCCUUCUCACAGCAGCCCUGGCGCUCGCCUCCGCCGCCCAGGCCCAAUGCGGCUCCGGCUCGCCUCACGCCACGGUGACGGGCUCCGGCAGCUCCUUCACCGCCAAGAAGGGGUCCAGCAACGUCUACUCCGGCUCCGACUACCGCGCUGCUAUCCAAGCUGCUCUUGACUCCAUCGGCAGCGGCCAGCGCGUCGCCGUCAUGGCCUCGGGCUCCAUCGGUGCCAGCACCAUCACCAUCACGAGCGGCAAGAUCUUUGAGGGCUGCGGCACCAUCAACGUCGGCAACAAGUCCGGCCGGGGCGCCAUCGAGUCGACCGACACCAGCGACGUGCAGAUCCCCUACCUGACCAUGACGGGCAACCCCUACUUCGGCCUGCGCUUCUCCGGCACGCGCAACCUCAGCCUCGGCAAGAUCACCAUGAACCUCAGUGGCGGCCUGGGCAUCCGGUUCGACCGCGACCGCGCCGCCAACUCCAACGUCAAGAUGGACGUCAUCACCGUGACGGGGGCCGGCAGCCACGCCGUCGAGACGUGGAACAUCGACGGCCUCGAGAUCAACCAGGUCAUCGCGCGCAACGUCGGCGAGUCGGGCCUGCUGCUGCAGGCCACCCGCAACGCUCACGUCGGCCUGGUUGACGGCAACAACGUGGCGGCCGGCACCGGGUACGCCACCUUCCGCAUGGCCAACAACAACGGGCAGAACGCCAACGGCAACUACAACACCAACGUGUAUAUCGACAAGGUGGUGUCGCGGGGCGGCGGCCGCGGUGUCUUCUGCGUGUCGCAGUCCGGUGGCGUCGUCAUCGAGCAGGUCGACCUGGCCGACAACGGGAACAACGCGAUCCUCAUCGAGAACUGCUACAACGUGUCCAUCCGCGGCGGGAAGGUGAACGGUGGUGGUGAGGUCCGCAUCUCGGCCCGCUCCGAGUUCCCCAACACCCGCGACAUCUGGAUCACCCUGCAGGUCGACAACACCUCGGUGCGCGAGUCGCCGUGCGGUGAUAACACCAACUGGACCCUGUCGGGUAAUGGGAAGAGGACGAUCUGCUAG